ACGACGACAAUCACAAUUGGCAACGAUGAUCAAGCAAUUUUCAGCUUUGCGUCCUCAUCGUAUUCAGUUGAGGAAGAUACGGGUUAUGUUACUUUGAACAUCACAAAGACGGGGAGCUCUGAUAUUCCUCUAAAUGUGAUACUCGGUACCAUGGACGGGAUUGCAGCUUCUGGUAGCGACUACACUGAAAUUGCUAAUGUCACGAUAACUUUCGCUACUAACAAGGCUUCUCAACUUAUGAACAUCACCAUUGGAGUUGACAGCAGUGUUGAAAACGACGAAACGUUCCAAGCUUUACUCUACAACAAUAACCCAUCUCAAGUACUCCUUGGCACCUCAUCGACGACUGUUAUUAUUACGAAUGAUGAUAAAGCAAUCUUCUCCUUUGCUGCUGCGUCAUACUCUGUGGUUGAGGACACGGGUUAUGUGACAGUAACAAUCAACAAAACAGGGCUAACUGACGUUGAUUUAUCUGUAUUACUAAACACCGAGGACGGGACAGCUGUUUCACCAGUUGAUUUCACUGCGCUCGUCAAUGGCACGGUUAACUUCCCUGCAAAUGAGCCUUCCUUGUCAGUUAAUAUCAGCAUAAUUGUAGACAACAAAGUUGAGAACAACGAGACGUUUAAAGCUCUUAUUUCCUCCAACAAUCCAUCUCAAGUUGCAAUUGGUUUAACCUCGUCUACAGACUUAACCAUCCAGAACGAUGAUAUGGGAUCCGUGAGCUUCAACCAAACACUCUUCGUCGUCAACGAGGGUGAUUCCGCACUUCUUGUAUUCACUUGUAGCGGCAACAACGAGAUCGACUUUAACUUUAGACUUAGCAGUACACCAGGCACUGCAACAGUCGCAGAUUACACACUCGCAAACGACACGUCCUUAACGUGUGCUCCUGGCGUCACCACUACGACCUUCAGCGUCCCUACAGUCCAAGAUGUCAUGGCGGAGACCACGGAGUCGUUCAUUGUCAGCAUCAGCGCCAAUGCUGGCGAACCUUUUAACUUCAUCGACCGCGUUGCAACUGUCAGCAUCAUAGACACCGUUGAUAAAGUAAAUAUCACUAUCAGCGCCUCGACGUACACAACAAAUGAGGAAGCAGGACCCGUCACCGUCGUAAUUGAGAAAACAGACAACGCAGAGAUUAAUAUUUCUGCUAGGCUGUUCUCAAGUGACAUAACUGCCAUAUCGUCCCCCGGAUCGCCCUAUCAGGACUACGCGAACUUUUCGAAGAGUUUCAUCUUUGCGCCCAAUGAGAUCCGCAAGGAAUUCACGAUCAGUAUCAUCGCUGAUGAAUACCUCGAGUUUGAUGAGACCUUCAAACUAACGCUGGUAUCUCAAAUUCCUGCCAAAGCCAUGGUCCAGCCUAACUCAAACUCUGUAGUCACUAUAAGGAACGACGACGCAGUUACUCUUGAGCUGGUUGAAAACGGAGUUGUCCUCCUCUCAAAUGAGACUUCGGUCCGUUUUAGUAUGCGAUUAACUGGGAAGUCGCUGAUUCCUGUAAACUUCACUGCGUACACUUCUAAUGUACCGUCGCUAACCCCACGCACAAAGAGAGAUACGUGGAGUAUCCCGCCUUCAGUGAACGGAACUACAACUUUUAAUGUGGAGCUUAACGUCACUCAAGAACUGGCGAUCUCUGAUAGAUUCUUUGUGCUUCUUGAAACUGAUCAGGACUUCGUGUCUUUCCGGGGCAACAAAAGAUUGGUUGUUGCCGUCGCAAAGGAUAAAGAUGCUACUAUUGGAUUCUCGAGUGGGUCGUACUUUGUCAAAGAAGAUCAGGGUUACGUUACCGUCUGCCUGAGAAAAAAUGGCGUUAUCAAUAGAGAUGUCAUUGUUAGGUUGAAUACAGCAGACAGGGAUGCUACGAGCGGAGCAGAUUAUGUGCCGGUCGUGAACAAAACUGUUACAUUCUUUGCCAUACUUGAAACCUAUUGUUUCAAUGUAACUAUUAACGAUGAUAACAUAACGGAAGCAGAUGAGAAAUUCUACGUCGAGCUAAGCAAGGAUCCCAGUGAUCUUGAUGUUGUGCUAAACAACCAAAGAACGACAGUUACAAUCACCAAUGACGACCAAGUUGCGGUAGCCAUUAAGUCUCCAUACAACACAAAGGCAAGGGAAGGAGAUUUUAUAGAAUUCACUGUGUAUGUGGUCAGUGGUGACCACUCUACUCCUCUCAUUGUAAACCUAACCACAAAUCGAGAUGAUAUUAGCACUACCUCUGACUCCCUUGAUGUGGAAUUUCCGCAAACUAUAAUCAUCCCUGCAAAUGCAAGCAGCGUGACCUUCGCGGUGAAGAUCAUGGACGAUGCAUUGGUAGAGAGUGACGAGCUUCUUACUGUCACGCUAGUCAGUGGGGAUCUAUCACGCGUGACAAUGCAUGGCAACGACACUGCUGUUAUAAAUAUCGAUGACGAGGCCGAUAGAGUUGCAGAUCAGCAAAAGAGAGAAAAAGACCAGCAAGAUAUUGUGAUUAAAGACCAGUUCUGGAUCUUGCUUAUCGUAGCUGUUGUGAUGGCUGUUCUUGUAUUCAUCGCUGCCAUCAUCUUCUGUUUUAUCGUCCGCAAAUCAAGUCAGGAAAAGUCUGUACCCUAUUUAUAAUCAAGUAAAAAGGAAGACGCUCAAAUCUAUCUGAAUUUCAUCCUAUACAUACAUGAAGUUGCAACAAUGAAGAUAGCCGACCAAGAAGUUUAUAUACAAUCCCACCCGCAUAGAAGACUCGCUAGUGGUUACCCGCAUAGAAGACUCGCUAGUCGUUAGCACUUAUUCAUAAGCACGUAGUUAUGCCACAGGGCCAUAGCAGGGGGUGGGGCACUGGGGGCACGUGCCCCCCCCCCCCACUAUUUUUGAAAGUAUAAGGAAAUGACCAGUAGGGCGUGGCUGUGCCCCCCUCAUAUUUGCUUUAAUGUUCCUAUAUUGUGCCCCCCCCCCCCCCCAAAUCUUACAUGAGCUGCUACGGCUCUUUGCCAGUUUCAUUUUGUAUUCACUUUUCAGUAGAAAUAUGUAGUUACUGGAUCCAGGACUAUGGACAGCAGAACGAAGGACAGGCGUGGGGUGUGGAGGGAUGUUGGUUGUGUGGUUUCUGAUGAUUGAGUAAGGAAGUUCCGCCUUCCAAUAUUUUUUUUCUGAUGUAGUGCCUCCCGCUGCUUUCGCCUCGCCAUCUGCUUCCGUCGUCCACGAGCUCUCGAUAACCGAACACUUUUUAGGUCGUUGCCGGGCUUAUUUGCAAACACUUGAGGCGACUUGUCUAAUCACGAUGCUAGCCAAGUUUUGUCAACUAUUUUAAAGAAUAAGACGCCCAUUUGUUGUGAAUUUGAAGAUUUCUCGCCACACUUUCUAUCGGUAUUUAUAUCUUUCUUUAUUAAAGCCCAGGCCUUUUUUAGCUUAAGGGAACUGGGAAAUCUGGUAGGGAGAUAUUUCGGCUUGCCAGGUUAGAUGAACAUAAGGGGUGUAUAUUAGGCACGUCGAAUGUUCUUUAUACUCUAUUUUUCAUUAAAAUUAAUAUUCAGAGAUAUUAACACCACCUUGUUAGCUAAGAAAACAAAUCCAGUUUUGCAAUGAUCUCAGCGAAAAGUUUUUAUUACAACUUUUUGCAAUUACUAAACAAUUUGUAUUAGUAAGUUAAAGUUUGUGCUUACUCAAUGACUAUUUUUAUAUGGAAUAUAUUGAUAUUGUUAAAAA